AUGAGCGAGAUGCCAACUCGCUACUCGAGGGCGACUGAGACGGCUACCUGCAUCGACCGGGCUUUCGUCUCCUUGCCCCCCCAGUACCUCGAGCAGCUUAUCUGCGACUUCGAGGUGCACCGCGAGGCCGCCAACUACGCCGACUGGCGCCUGAGUGAUCAUGCGGCCGCGGUCUUGCGCAUACGACCGCGGAUUGCCAUCGAGCGCGACGCGCAGAGCAUACCCAAGCACAUCUUCAAGUCCCCAAUGUACGCCGCGACGCUGGGCACCUUGAUGGACGCCCUGGACCUGGUCACCCUUCCCCCCGAACAGCGGCUUUCGGAGACGAAACGCAUGAUGAAGGAGGCAGCCCGGCUCACCCAGAACGCACUCUCCAAGCUCCCCCUGGGCACGGAGAUGGGCUCCCCCGAGACGCUCGAGGCUCGGAGGCUCAUCGUGAUCGAAAACUCCGCCAUCGUCCGCCUCGUCGACGCGACCAGCUUCGAGCACGAGUAUCAUGACCUCAAUCGUCGCUGGCAUGAGCGCCAGGUCCAGCUGGCCGCUUGGAGAGUCAAGCAGAACGAGAGCCCCGAGCGUGCUGACGUGCUACAGCGCUUGGAGGCGUUGGCGCGCAGGCGCGCAGCCCUGUGGGCCCCCUUCCGCAAGCGCCUCGUUCUGAACGGCCUGCAGCUCCACUCUGGCGGCCCCGACGGCCCCGUCGCCCGGCAACCCGGUGGCAUCGCCGACGCCCUCUUGAAGUAUUGGGCCCCUGUCUUCCUGGGCGCCGAGUGCGAUGCAUCUGCCCUCGACGAGUUCCUCGACAGCGCGAUGCCCAGCAUGCCCCUCGUGGACCUCGCGACCCCAGCGCGGCUCCCACGCCCGCGCGCAAUGGAUCACGUUUACCCGGUGAUGCUGAAGCUGUUCGAGGGCACGGUCAUGGCGCCCGGCCUGAAUGCCAGCGACUUCGCAUGUCUGCCGAAGGGCUCGCCCGAGGAGGGCCGCAGCGACUUAGUGGACUGCGUUCGCCAGCCUCACCAGACCAGGCCGCUGAGCCUCAAUAGCCAGGACUCGAAGGCCAUCGCCUCGGCCAUCAACUGGAAUCUCAAGCGCGUGGCCGAGCGCGCCACCGACGAGGUCCAGCAAGGCUUCAUCUCGGGGCGGAAUUUCAUCAAACACAUCCUUGUCAUGGACACAGAAUGCCGGAUCGCUUCAAUGGGUCCCGGGGCCGUGGCGAACCAUCCAGUUUUUAUUAGCUUUGAUUUCUCGUCGGCUCUCGCGAGCCUGAACAGAACUUACCUGAGCAAAGUGUUGGUUGCGGCAUUAUCUCUGCAGGCCGUCAAGUGCGUCAUCGUUCCACUGUGGGCUGACCUUACAGAUGAGCCGGAUGCGCCGCCUGGGUCGCAAGUUGCGUUGAGCAGCAUGCCAGAGCGGGUCGAUGCCACGAGCCUCGCCGCGCGCCUGGGCGCCCUGGAGGAUUCCCAGAGGGAAAUUUGCGGCAUCCUGCGCGGUCUCGACGCGAAGCUGGACGCCGUGAUCGCGACGUCGGCCGUGGCGCCAGCGCCGCAGCAGUCGCAAACGCAGCCGCGAUCCUCGCACUUGCACAGGGGCAGCAACCUGUCGAACAACACUCCGGUGAACACGUGCUCUCCUCCGCCGGCCUCUGUCCAAUCGCCCACCUCCGCGGAUCAGGCCGGAGAGGAGGAGCAGGAUGAUGACGCGAGCAUGUUCGGCGGCAGCGGGGGGUAUCGUCUCCGCAUGCGCUCCGGCUACGGCGUGUUGCCGAACCGCCGGAAUUCCAGCGCGAGCGACGGCAGCGCCCUCACCAGGGGCAGCCUCUCCCGGCGACCGAGCGUGGUGCGCAAGAUGAGGAGGCGGCCGACGUACAUGCUGGAUGCGGCCAUUCAGGGCGGUCGGGGGGCACCGAACGUGCACCAACACGGACCUUGGCCAGGCCAACAGCAGGCCCUGGAUUGGUGUGUACGCCGUCCUGGCCAAGCCAGGAGGGCGUUUGCACCGAUCCCGGGCCAGCGAUGGGCCAGGCCUAACUCGGAGUUGAUGUACUGGGCGUCCUCCCCAGGAGGAGAGGAGGCAGCGCAGGUCCCCUUGACCAGGUUCCGCGCGUGGAAUCCGGACUCCAGGUCCAGGACGUUUUACAAUUUCCUCACCGUGCUCGUUUUGCUGUACGAUGCGUUCGUUCUUCCAAUCAUGGUGGCUUGGGACUUUGAUCACACCAGUAACCCUGUGCUCUUCGGUGUCCUGGCCACCAGCAUAUUCUGGACCAUCGACCUGCCGUUGUGCUUCAUCACUGGCUUCCGCGAUAAGGGAGCGAUCUUGAACCUCGACGUGCGGGCAUGUACUCGCCGCUACCUCUCCAGUUGGUUCGCAGUGGACCUGCUCGUUGUUGUGAACGAUUGGGUGUCUGAGCUCGAAGGGUCCUUGCGCAACUUGCGCUUCCUGCGAUUGGUCCGGAUCGUGCGCGUUGGGAAGCAGUCCGUGCGUGUAUACGGUUGGGCACAGAAGCUAAAGGUGGCGAUUCAUUCCGAGGAGUUGCAUCUCGCUUCGGACGUUCUGCUAAUAUUUCUCGCCAUUCUCUGGGCGAACCACGUUGUUUGCUGUAUCUGGUAUGCCAUCGGCAGGUACGCCGAGCCAGAUACAGGUUACACGUGGCUCAGCGAGCCCGAAUACUCUGCCGCAGGCUUCCAUUAUGAGUACUGGACAAGCCUUCACUGGGCUUUUACGCAGAUGACCCCAGGUUCCAUGGAGGUGUUCCCUGCUAGCACCGACGAGCGUAUCUUCAACGUCGCAACAUUGUUCUUGGGCUUGCUGUGUGGAAGCACUCUGGUGGCGACCCUCACGUCGAUGAUGACCCAGUACAAAAUCCGAUUGCAAGGCUCGGCCGACAAAUUCAACAGACUGCAGAAGUUCUUGGCGCAGGAAGAGAUAGACCAAGGCUUAGCUAUGGCUAUCAAACUGCAGGUGAAGGUGAGGCUGGCCGAGACCGAGCAGGUGAGACAGCAAGACGUCGAGUACCUCAACUUGGCGCCGAAGUCACUCCAGGAGUCGUUGUGGCAUUUUCGAUGCAUGAAGAAGAUGUCGGACCAUGUGCUCUGGAACGCUAUGAACAGAUUCGACUCGGGCUCGAUCCAUGCGGUCUGCUACAGGAGCAUCGUUGAGACGAAAUUGGACAAGGAGGACCUUCUCUUUGAGGAUGGCGCGGACGGGGAUUCCAUGUACUUUGUCUCCUCUGGCCAGCUCAAAUACCGCCCCGGCGAGCUGGCUGCGGAGGUCGAUCUACCAGAUGUCCAUCCGCGCCUGUUGGUGAAACCUGGAGGCUGGUGCAGCGAGCCAGCGCUGUGGACCGACUGGUCACACGUGGGCACGAUGGAGGCCGUGAGCACCUGCGAUACCCUCCAGAUAAGUUGCCCAAGGCUGAUGCGGGCGCUGGACAGGAUGCCCGAGAUCCUGGAAAUAACGUCCGACUACUGCCGGGCCUUUCACGGGUAUCUCGAGGACAUCGUGAGACUGAGUGACCUCCCAGGCGUGGUGGAUUAUCACGAGCUGAUGCUUGGGCUGGGCAUCACUUCACGGGUUAAGCUGGCAGACCCGCUGAUCCAGAAGCUCCGGAGUCGAACCUUCUUCUCCCAGAAGGCCAUAGACCUUCUUGAGGCAGAAAUCGCCGACGGCAAGUGCAACAUUACUGACGUGGGAUCCGAGAUGGUGCGCACGGUGUUCGUAGUCGCGCUACGCAUACAGAGAGGGCCCCGUGAUCAGCGGAUCCUUGUGAAAGUUGGUGAGGUCUUGAGGGAGAAUGGCGAUGUCGUCCCGUACUGUGUUCUGCCUGGGAUCAAGCGGGGUGAGCAGCGCUGUUCCAAGGAGGUAGUUGACUUGUUGUUGGAGACGGAAUUGCUGGAGCUGAAAGACCAUGUUCAGGUGGAUUACACGGUGCCGCCUGAGCAGGUACCCAUUAUCCAGACUUCCGACCAGUACCACAUCAGGACCCGCUACCUGCGGACCACCUUCUCGGCGUCCAUGGCGGGCGAAGAGGCCGACAAGGGGCUGGCGUGGACGACCAUCGCGAACCUCAGGACCUUCGGCCCCCGCCGCUCGAAGGAGUCCGCGUCCUUCGGCCCGAGGCGGUCGAAGGAGUCUGCGUUGUCGGAGGUCCGCCACCGUGCAGCCGAGAUCCUGAACCGGCAAGACAGAGUGUUGGUGCUGAAGUGCCAGGGAGAGAACCGCGCGGCGUGCAAGCUCUACCUGUGGCUGGCUCAGCAGGAGUUCGAUGAGCUCUCGCAGGAUUCCGCGAAGCCCGUUCUCAAGCAGUGGGCGGGCGACCUGGACUGCUCGGAACUUUGUUAGAGGGGCAUGCUGCCGCUCCUUAGAGUGGUUUGGACACCAUCGUCAUCAGAAGCAGACCAUGCAGUACUUGGGAAUUGGCCGCGCCGCGACUGUCUCUCUUAGGGUCGCAAUGGCCGCUAGUUAGUUGUCGAGAUUUGGGGGAUAUGACCCUUGGCAUCCGAUGAAUUUCGUCUACGCUCCCAAGGUAGCGCCUACUCUUUCAUCAGGCUCCUGGGCAGCCAUCUUGAGCAAUCAUUUUUCUGGCGACCCAUCGCUUAUGUGCGGUACUCGUGACAAAUCCGACUGCGUACUCUCAUAACCUUGGAGCAGGUCUGCGAAAACGCAGACCAAUUAUGUUUUUGGCGUAGUGUUGUGGCCGUCGCCUGAGUGUGUCCCAAUGCGGACGAACCUUUCAGAUCCUUUGAGACACUUUCGAACACCAUAUGCAUUCAGCCCUCUGCAUAUACGACCAGACUUUGUGCAAUCUUAUGCGCGCGGCCAAA